CGCAGCGACUAGCUGUGCCGCGUUGGUCCCGGGGACAGAAUCGCCGCCACUGUUGCAGUGUCAACAGAGACCCACCACCGCGACCAUGCCCCGAGGGAGCCGCAGCAUGGCCGCCCGGCCAGCCAGCCGCCCUGCCGCACCUUCUGCCCACCCGCCCGCGCACCCGCCCCCCUCGGCCGCCGCGCCAGCCCCUGCACCGUCGGGCCAGCCGGGCUUGAUGGCUCAGAUGGCGUCCACGGCCGCUGGGGUAGCUGUGGGUUCGGCUGUGGGACACGUCGUGGGCAGCGCCCUGACUGGAGCCUUCAGUGGGGGGAGCUCAGAGCCAGCCCAGCCUGCCGCUCAGCAGGCCCCUGCCCGCGCUGCCUCUCAACCCCUGCAGUUGGGACCCUGCGCCUAUGAGAUCAAGCAGUUCCUGGACUGCUCCACCACUCAGAGUGACCUGUCCCUGUGCGAGGGCUUCAGCGAGGCCUUGAAGCAGUGCAAGUACAACCAUGGUCUGAGCUCCCUGCCAUGAAGAGACUGGGGCACACUGGUGCAGAUUGGAGCAGAUUCGGGGUCAGCUCUGCACUAAACUCCACCCCUUCACUGACAGCCAGACUACAAUGCCAGAAUGUACCCAUGUAGGUGGGAUUUUGUGGGUUUCUUACCCCAAAAAUAACCAGAGACAUGAAUGUGCAAUUAAAAGAGUUUAUUUUAGACCAGA